AUGGUGAACUUUUCUCGGUCAUGGCUGACCUCCGGCCUUUUACUCUCUUUGAUUGCUCAGCCUGUUUUGUCGUUGGAGCUGGUGGAAAUCGACCCGCCCUAUUCUGACGUCGCCGCGCGCGGCGAGAACCUGCCCUUCGAAGGUUUCGAUCGUUUGCAGUCCGACUCCCUCUACUGGGGUGCUAGCGCCGAUGGUAAAACAUCGCUGGCCAAGUUCACCGUCGACGCGGGGGAUGAGAAGGUCAGCAUUAUCAACACCGAGAAGUUCCGGAAUAAGCUGCGCACCGUGAACUGCACUCAGACCAGCUUGGCGGUUGACUACAUCAACCCCCAGUCUUUCGCCCGCUCGCGGAAGGCCUGGGACUGGAUCAACGGAGACGAGAACCGGACCCUGAUCGUCAUUGCCGGUCGUGAACACUGCGGAUGGAACAAGCAGCGGAUGCCCUUCAAGGUUUCCAAGAUCCACUUCGACGAGAACACCCAGACUGCCAAGUUGACCGGCGAGGCCUCGGAGUGGAAGGACGUUUUCGAGAACUACGAACUCACCAUUGGCAACUACAACGAUCACAAGGGAUCCGGUAUUGAGAAGCGUGACUCGGACAAGGAGUUCAACGUCGAUUUCAAUCACGACAUCGAUUUCACCAAGGAGAUCCCCGUCCCCGGCAAGGACUUUCACGUCACCUUGGGCUGUGACUCGUGUAAAUCCCGCGGAUCCUUUGAUUUCGGCUUCCAUGUCAAGACCGUGAUGAAAAUCCCCACGGGCGCCUCCUUCUCCAUGAAGCCCAACGGUGUUGGCCUUGACAUCAAGCCCUCCCUCGGAAUCGGCGGUAACUUCACCGAGGAGAUGGGCGAUGAGUUCGAUGUGGCCACCAUCCCCAUCGGCGGUAUUUCCAUCAAGAAGCUUGUCGAUAUCGGCCCCCAGAUCGUCUUCAGUCUUGGUUACAGCCUUAGUGAAGUUGCCGGAGAGGCCACCGUUUCCGCCGGUGUGGCCCUUGACAUCGACGACUCGGCUUCGCUUGACAUUGACAUCCUGGAGGCCGAUGUGACCUCCGACGGCUGGACUCCUAGCGUCUCUCCUCUGCCUUUGUCGGUCGAUGCUCAGAUCGAAGCCACCGCCGAGGUCUACGCCAAGGCGUCUGCUCAGCUCUCCAUCUCGGUUCUCGGCAAGGGAUGGGAAGCCGGCCUCAACCUGAAGCCUUCCGUUUCGGCCACCCUUAGCCUGGCUGAAUGUAAGUGUCCCCUUUGA